UAAUGAAUAAGCUGGGUAAAAUAUUGCCCCAAUGAUGCUCAGGUUACGUGCCCUUUAUUUCUUACCAUUCAUCAAUUAUCGCACUAAUCAAAACAUUUAUUAUUUUUUGCCUCUUUCCUGCUCUUCCAGAAUUUGAAGCAUGAUUGCAUCUGUUAAUUAGUCGCUAAUAGCAAGGUAAUGUGCACUUGAUGGAUAACCGUGUCAUUGCCAAUCACGCCGCUCAUUCACAUCCCCAGCACUGCGGCGCUGUUGUGUUUUUGCUCCGAUUAUCACGUGCACAGGAUCUGGGGCGGGAUGAGAACUACCCGUGAGGGGGGGGGGUCUCUCAAUGACUGUCGUUAAAUAUAGCCAAUAGCCUCCGCAAAUUUUCCGCCUAACCGAGCCUAUCGUCACACCAAUUGGUUGGGACCCAUCCGUGGGACGGACCUCUCUCUAUUUCUCUCUCAGACUCGGCGCCUUGCGGAUGCCAUGGUGCAUGCCGGAAUAUGUCGUCCCGAUCUUCUGCAACCGCCGCCAACAACAAAAUAAGAGACUACAACUCCCGUGACGCUUUACGUUCGACUGGGGCAACUCAGUCAAUCAAUACACGUCACGCUGCUUUGCUUAUCAAGGUUUUGGAGGAGGGCGCAGUCAAUGUGAAGAAUACAUAAGGAAGAAAAAUCCAGGGUUAUCUUCCAUGCAGGGUAGAAAUUUUACUGUACAAUGUGAAAACUUCAGUUUUAAUCAGCCACCCUGCCUCCUGUUUCACAGCACCCCUAGCAGAUCGUAGGUUAACAACGAAAUGAGACGCAGAAAGAUUGCCAUCGCCGCUGGGUUUUGCUUUUCAUUCUUCCUGGGCACUUUACUGAAUUUGUUAUUUAUCCCUGGUUUUGAUCAUCACCAUCAGCAGCGCUUAGAGCAGACCGCCCAGGAUCACCUCAACAACCAGCCGCCUGUGCUUCUGAACGGAGUGACCGACCAAGACCUGUUGAAGCAAAUUAAAGAGAGGUACGAGGAGGUUGUCCGCUAUCGGCAGCAGUCAGCUCCUGCAGCGGCUGCGGGGAGACUAGCCAGACCGCUGGAAAGACGCUUGAUGGACCUAGCGCAGAACAGCUCCCCAGAUCAGCCCCAACCCCAGCAUCAUCAUCAGCAGCAGCAGAGGAUCCCGGAUUUUCACGACAGCAAAACAUUAACUGCUCAAGGAGUAAACACCUUCGCUUCCAGUAGCCCGAAGGCUGACUUUCAGUCCCAUUCGCUUCCCUUAAGCUGCUCAGAUAUUAAUAAUGCGAGCAGUGUCCAUUAUUUGGGCUCUGGAUACACAAAAGCAGUAUACAAAGCGGUUCUUAACGAGACCCUGGCGGUGGCCUUAAAAUCGGUGGAUUUUGAAGGACACGACAUGGAAAACUGCGUUAAGCACUUUGGGACAUUGAAAGAUUGCUACCGUCUGGCGUCGUAUAAACUUGUCAAAGAAAUGACACUUUUACAACGACUACAGCAUUCAAAUAUUCUUAAGCUCUAUGGAUUCUGCUACCAGGAUAGCAGUCACAUCGCUGACACAUUAACCACUAUUACAGAGCUUGGGUCCCCUUUGGAGAUGAUUCAGCUUUUACAGACUUCAUGGGAGGAGAGAUUUCGAAUAUGUUUGAGCUUGGUACGCUUACUGCACUAUUUGGCCCAUUCUCCUCUUGGCUCAGUAACGCUGCUAGACUUCCGCCCUCGCCAAUUUGUCAUCGUUGAUGGUGAACUCAAAGUGACGGACUUGGACGACGCCAGCAUCAACGAAACGCCGUGCUCGAGCAACAGUGAUUGUUUUAUGGAGUUUCCUGCCCGAAAUUUCACCUUAACCUGCUCGUUGGAAGGCAUAUGUCAAAGGAUGAAUGAAAAGCGGAAUCUCUACAACGCUUAUAGGUUCUUCUUUACCUAUCUUUUGCCACACAGUGCCCCAUCGAGUCUACGAUCAUUACUGGAUAACGUCGUGAAUGCUACAGGGGAGUUGCGCUGGGGCAUUGAAGAGACAUUGGCUCAGCUUGAGGAAGUCCUGUAUCUAUUCAAGAGUGGAUUAUAUCUGCAGAAUGUCACAAGAAGUAAAAUCUCUGAAUACAAGCAACUGGCUGAUGUUACUGUUCCUGAGGAAAAUUAUAGAUGUUGGCCAUCUUACCAUCAUGAGGGCUGCCUUCUGUCUGUAUAUGACAUCAAUGAGGCAAUGGAUAUCUGUGAUAAUCAUUCCCAAUGCCAUGCCUUUGUUUUAACCAAUCAGACAACCUGGUCCGGCCGACGUCUUGUCUUCUUCAAAACCAGUUCAAAUCGCAUUGUGCCUGAUGUGGAGAAGAUAACGUUUGUGAAAGUGGCAGACUGAGUACAGCAUGCAAUUGAAACACUGAGUUAAAACUAUCUUGUCAGGGAACAAAAGGCGAGGCCCUCCACUGGCCAGGUUGCUUGCUCGGGGGUGCCGCAUGACGGGGCAAUGAGCUGUAGAUUACCAACACUUGGAAUGCUGAUGACAAACGUGCAAUACAGCGGGGUGGAAAUGUGAACAGCGCAAUAAUCCAAAUGUGCACGUAGUUUUUUAAAUGCAAGCUCACAUUUGAAUCUGACAAUCUCCUCCUUUUGGUACUAGGCAAGCAGAAAAACAAUGACCCACAGUGCAGAGAUGUAGAUGUCAAACGAUCCUCAAUUGUUUGGAAUUUGCUCUGCAUUAGCACACAGAAAUGGAUUAAGUGUCACUGUGGUCCUGGCAUUUUUAAUUUUAAAUCAUAACAAUAGCAUCUUAUUUGCCCUUAUUUUCUGAUGUUGUCUUCCCCUCCCUUACUUUACAUGCAGUCACACUUUCUGCAAAGGUUGGUUCAUAUUUUCCUGGUGAUGCUGUUCCUGAUAGCUGGCAGGGCUUGUGCGAAGCCAGUUCAAAUACAAUGUCCAUUACAAGUGUUUCCUCCUUCUCCCCAAAUCUCAGGGAACCUCACGGUUAAAACCUAUCCUUUGAAGUUGGCCCUUUAAACUUAUUCAGAUAAAAUUUCCUUCCUGUUUUGACUGAGAUUAUAUCUUUUUAUUUUAAGUAGACCCUAUGCCUAAUUCUAAGGCACUAACUGUGACUAUUCACAUAAUAUCUGCCACUUAAGCAUUGGUGCUAUUAAAUAAGUAGACUAUCAUUUCACUGCUGUUCAGUACUGUUAGAAGGAAGGAGAACAUUAGAAAGUCAAACACAAUGAUACACCAAGAGCACAACUGCCAAUUCAUAAGGUGUAUUUUUUAAAAUAGUAUUUUGUGAUCGACAAAGUUUGUCUCUCAUUUACUUUCUGUGAAAGCAUUUUUAAUGCAAUGACAUAAGUCAUAAUUCUUUCAGAUAUCUAGAGGUAUUUUUCCAGCUUUGGACUUUAGUGAGGAAGCAAUGCCAAAUGAAAAAGGGAUGUGGAUUGUGCAUGAUUUUCCAGCACUAUAGUGACAUCAUAAAGAAUCGUGCCUGUAUUUCCAUUAUGUGCUUUUGGUGCAUGAGGCUUUCCACUGAAAGCAACGCAGAAAGUCACCUUUUAAUAUUUUAAAAAAUGUGAUAUCCAUAUUUUUAGUAAACAUUUAUUUAUUAAUUUUUUUAUUGAAAAAGGUAUUAAAUUUGUUGAAGUGAAA